UGUGAGACAGUGCAUCCUGGACUGAGCUUCUGCAACAGCUGUAGUUUCUUCAAGUGCAGCUUCUCCCACCUCAGUAAGAGAAAUGGCUAAGUGUAAUCCGUGGCUGCUGUGCUGUUUUGUCGUGGUGUGUUUAACCUGCGUGGUUUCGCUCGUGUGCGUGUGGGUCGCCUCACUUGAAGGUGGACGAUGUUCCAGCGGCAGCUUCAGGCGCGCGGCUGUGUCUGCAGACUCCCAUCGUUGCUCAGACAUCGGCAGGAUCAUGCUCCAGCAGGGAGGAUCAGCAGUAGAUGGCGCCAUUGCAGCUCUUCUGUGCACGUCCGUGGUCAAUCCUCAGAGCAUGGGGAUUGGUGGAGGGUCUAUAGUAACCAUACGAAAUAAAACAGGCGGCGUUCAAGUGUACAACUUCAGAGAGACGGUGCCACGGUCGUUCAAACCAAAUCUGUUAAACGACUGUUUCAAAGACGCCAGGAUUAACAUAGGCAGCCAGUGGAUCGGCGUUCCCGGGGAACUGCGUGGCUAUGAAGCCAUUCACAAACGGUAUGGGAAGCUGCCUUGGGCUAAGCUGUUUGAGCCAACCGUCAAACUGGCCAGAGCGGGCUUACCUGUGUCGGAGCUGUAUCUGGCACGGCUCCUGAAUCAUCCGCUAGUGAAAGGCCUUGUGGAAAAUUCCCCUCUCUGUUCUUUGCAAAUUUUGUGCAAGAAUAACACUGUUCUGAGCAAAGGAGACAUCCUGAAGUUUACCAAACUUGCUGAUACCAUGGAAACCAUUGCAGAGUGGGGGGCAGAUGCCUUCUACAUGGGCAAGAUAGGACAAGACUUGAUCCAAGACAUAGAAGCUGCAGGUGGGACGUUGAAAAUGGAGGAUCUGAAGUCAUACCAGGUGCGAGAGCAGGAUGCUUGGACAGUCCCUUUAGGGGAUUUUCAAAUGCACCUCCCGCCACCGCCUGCUGGAGGCGCCCUGCUCGGCUUCAUUCUCAAACUGAUGAAAGAGUUUUCCUUGACCCCGAACUCUCUGGACGGCGACCACAAGAUUCAGAUGUACCAUCAUUUCAUAGAGGCACUCAAAUUUGCAAAUGGACAAAAAAGAACGAUAAGGGAUUCUUUCCUACGUAAAGGACAGAGUGCGCAUCAUUUGAUUGAUUCCUCCUUCAUCAGUCGCAUCAAAAAGAUGAUUUCUUCAAACCGCACCCAUGACAACCACUACUACAACGUCACGCCUUCCUCCGAUCACGUGGGGACGACACACGUGUCAGUCCUGGAUGAGGAUGGACUGGCAGUCUCUGCCACCAGCACCAUAAACCAAGUAUUUGGAGGAGCCAUGUAUUCCCCAAAGACGGGCAUCAUCCUCAACAAUGAACUGUCGGACUUUUGUGGCAGAGCAGACACAGUGAGUACAGGGGAGCAGCCUCCCUCCUCAAUGACUCCUGUGAUACUGGAGUCAAAGUCUGGAGAACUCUUUGUGAUAGGUGGAUCAGGAGGAAGUUUGAUCCCCACUGCAGUGGCCUCGUCCAUAAUACAUCACUUGUGGCUGGGGAGGAAUCUGAAAGAUGCCAUCGCUGCGCCGAUAGUGUUCGUUGAUUCAAAGAACAAUGUGAAUUUUGAGCCUGGUUUUGACGAGUCUGUGAAAAAUGGCCUCUUAGGUUUGGGACACAAAGAAGGAGACUGGAAAUUCUUCUUAAACGUCGUCAGUGCUGUGAAAAAAGAGAAAGGCUGCAUCGUGGCUGAGUCGGACAAAAGGAAGAUGGGCGUGGCCUCUGGAUACUGACCACACAGACUACAGUGAUGCAACACAUUUCUUUUAAAAAUCUGCCUGUAGGACUUACCCAAACAUUUGCCUUAGAAUAAUGAAUGUGCCACAUCCCUGACAACAAAAUGUGAGUCAUUUGGAGAUCUAGUUUGGUUUUAGUUUUUCCUGAUAGAAUACAACAUUCACUUCUUAAACAACCUUUACACUUGAUGUAAACUCCAUGACUUCUGCUCACCAACAAGAUCAUCCCUAACACUUUACUUUGUGUAGUUUUCAUCCACUCCCGGUCCAGGCUGUGUGGAGUUUGCAUGUUCUCCGGUUUCCUCCCACAUGUCCAAAAACAUGCAGAGGUUCAUUGAACUUUAUAAAUUGAGCCACCUGUCCCGCGUCUUUUGCCCUAUGUCAGCUGGGAUUGGCACCAGCAGCUCCGCGAGCCCUCAUGUGGAGGAUAAAGCAGUAGACGAUUAAUUGAUGGAUGAAUGAAAACUCCCAGGAAAAAGGGAAAGAAAAUGUGGAUAAGCGGUGCUACUUUUCCAGUCAGUUGCCAUGAUGGAACUAAAGCAGCAUUGGUCAAAUUAAAAGGAGAAAAGUGCUAAAAGUCUCAUCAUCAGACCACAUAUAGAUGUGAUGUUCCUCAUCACAGCUUCACGUUCUAUAAUUCUUCUGUUUCUUUUGUUUUUCUCAAGCGAUAGAAAUAUAUAUUUCUUUCAUGGUAUUUGGAAUAGUUUGAAAAAGUUCAUUGACACUUUAGCCUCAACGCCUCGGUGUUUCUCGCCGAAUGGAGCUUAUUCAAUUUUCAUGAUGCUCACAGGAACUUUGUCUAUGUUGCCUUUGUUUCUUUUUCCACUCCCUACAUCAUGGUUAUUCUUACAAGUUAUCAAACAUCUUGAGGGAAUAGUUCAGGUUUUUAUAAAGUACUGACACAUAGUCAGUGUGUGUGUGUGUGUGUCGGUAAUCACCUUGAAAUAUGAACUCUUUCCCACUCAAAACCUGGUCGCCAGCAGAGACACAAGAGAAAACUGAUUUUAGCCACUCAACUAAAAGCUAACCUAAGUAAAUGAUGUGCUCUGCUUAAGUCCAAAAUAUUUUUUUAAGAGAAUGCUCACCACUUUUCUGUCAGACAGGCUUUUUUUUAUAAACUGAAAACUGAAGUUUGUUUGUUUGUAAACCAACUGCAUACCGAAGUCCAUAGAGAAAAGCAGCUAUUUAAAAUCAUGGCACACUGCUGGUUUCACCAGUAAGUUUAAAUGUGUUAUGUUGUGACUUUGGCAUUUGAAAUACUUUGUACAGAUUUGCUUAAGUGACACAAACUAUGAAAAUGAAGCAGCAGCUCCCAUGAUUUUCUCUAUGGACUUUGAUGCAGGAAAAAAUAGUGGCUCACAAACUUCAGUUUCCAAUUGGAAAAGGCUGCGUGUGUAACUUUAAGGUAAAACAAUCUUCUUAAGAUAUCCUAGAUUUAUGCAGGCAAGGAUUUUAUGAGUUAAGUCUAUUUUGGAAAUCACUAAAAUCGUAUUUCCCUUGUGUCCCUGCUGGUAGUGUCGGUGUUCUCAGUGUGACUCUGCCUCUUACAAAUCUUAAACUAUGACUUAAAUUAAACCUGCUGCUGAGAUAAUGCUUUAAUAUAGCCUAGGAUUACAUGUUCCUAACUCUUCCUGUGACUUUCCUGAGGUAAACCUUUUACUGUGACCUUCUCUCUAAACGUGCGACAGCUUUUAUUGAUCUUCUACAGCAAAUUUCGUAUCUUCCUUUAAAGAUUAAGAAAAGUUGUCAGUCAGUAUUUUUUUAUAUAUUUUUUUGCACUGUGAAUAUGUAAUUUGACAUUCUGUCUCCUUUUAUAUGUCAACACAUUUUGUUAAAUAUUUUUUUAAAGGCUCAACUGCAUAUUUGUAUGUCGCCACAAUUAAACCAAAGUCCAAAAACGAAA